AUGCAGCGGCGCCGCGUCACAUGGUGGCCUCCGCGCGGCUGCCGGGGCGCCGCCCCCGACGGGGCACCCGGACAGGCCCGAGGCCCUGCGCGCCGCCCAGCCGAGGGGGCGCGCGGCCGGAGGGGAGGGGGCGCGGCCGCUCCCGGGGCAUGGACGCCCCCGGGGCCCCCGCCCGCGCGCCCCUCGCGCCGCCGCCGGGUCACCAGGCAGCGCCUCCGCAGCUCCCGAGGCUGGAGAGAAGACGAGGGUUUCCAGAAGCGCGAGUGUAAGAAGCCUUCUGUCGUCUUCAAGUGGCGGCUUCUCUGCCCGCCACCAGGGGGUGCCCCUGCAGCUCGGGGAGACCCCGAGGGACUUCGGCUUAGCUCCUCCCGCUGCAGCCCCGCCUGGUGGUCUCCAGCCGCGCCCCAGCUGGGGCAGGGGCCUGACAGCGCCAGAGAAGAGCGAGAGGAGAGGUCAGCUCCGGAGGCGCGUGCCAGACGGGUCCGGACCGUGCCCACCGCGGGCCGCCCAGCACCCAGCGCGCGCACACAAUCCACGCCUCUCCCUUCAGCGCCCCGGCCCCCGAGGAGGGCAGCGGGGUCGCGCUGCUGGGGCCGGCGGGGGUCCCCAUGGGCCAGCUCUCGCCCUCCCUCAGAGGUGGCCGCAGCCGUGCGUGUCGCCGCGGCUUUGAGGCUGCCUCUAGGUGCCCCCGGACGCGCCACGACCUCGCACACACGCAUCCGCGCGCACACGCUCGCGCCGUGCGGUGUUUCCCGGCCCCGGACCCCGCCUCUGGGAGGGGCCCAGAGGCCGAGCCCCGGUAGCAGGGGGUGGAGGGGCGCCUGCAACGCCUGGGUCCCGGCUCCCGUGUUGCGACUGUGCGCCACCACCCCAGCCCCUUUCGGCGCGCGGGCUUGGCCCCCGGCGCUGCCACCCCUUGGCCCGCGGGGGUCCCGGAGGCUCCCGGGCGCGCGGCGGGCGGGGUUGGGAGGCGGGUGGGGGCCGCGGGCUCCGGGCCGAGAGGCGGCUCGGCUCCGCGCCGGGGAAAGUUUGGACGUGGGAAACUCCCUCCCCGCCCGCCCCGCCGAGAGGAGGGGGCGCGCGGCGGCCGGGCGCGGGCACCCGGGCUCCCCCUGCGGCGGGAGGCUCGCCCCCCGCGCCGCCUGCCGGGCCGCUCCCGCCGGCCAGGGGGCUCCCUCCCGGCUGGGCAGCCUCCCCUCGGCGGCGAUCCGGCCGCCCCUCCCGCGGCCCCUCGCGCUCUUACCUCGGGGAGCGGCCCGGGGCUCCCCCCAGUCCUGCCGCCUCGGGACGCUGCGUGCGGCGGGUGCCCCGGCGCGGGCGGGCGGGCGAGUCCAGAGCCCGGCGGCCGCCCGGAGGAGCCGGAGGGAGAGCGGGCGCGAGAGGGGGAGCCGCGGCGGCGUGUGCGCGCGUGUGUGUGAGAGCGAGAGAGAGCGAGGGAGUGAGGGAGCGGGAGCGAGGGAGUGUGCGUGUCUGACUAGGGGGGAAGUGUGCAAGGGACGGAUCCCUUCCUUCCUCCCGCAGCCUCUGGUGGAGACUCGGAGAAUGCAGCGCCCGCCGGGCAGGAGCGCCGCGCCGCGCCGCGCCGAACCGCAGGCGGCCGCGGGGCCCGGAUCCCGCAGCCGGGGAGCCCCGGCCCCCGCCCACCGGAUCGCGCCCCUCCCCCGCCGGGCGGGGCCGGCCUCUCCAUCCCACGGGCGGCCCAGUCCCAGGAAACCCCCAGGGGGCGGUGCCCCUCCUUCCUCCAACCCCAGAUCCGCGCGAAGGGAGCGCCCCCAGGAGGGGGACCGUCUCCCUCCCAGCCUGGCAGCUCCCCGGAAGGCCCCAGUUUGA